CAGACACGUUUUACUACACAGUACAAAGUUACAUGGACGCACCCCAAAUCCCUAAUCCCUAAAGUUGUUAGCUUCCGGUAAUGAGCCUCGAGACUCUUUCCUCCUUUCGCAAGACGAAGAAACAAGCCGACAUACCCAAUACACAAUGGCCUUGGCACGAGGAUUGCUGCAGUAUAUCUGCGGCUUCGUGCUCUUGAUCGCAUCCGUAAAUGCGUUGAAAUUCGACUUGGUGGCGCGUGGUCCCAAUGACAAGAAGACAGAACGAUGCAUACGGAAUUUCGUCGCUAAGGACACUUUGGUUGUUGUCACUGCUACGGUCGGCGGAAGCAAGGGAGAUGGUAUGAUUGUCAAUAUGCACAUCGUGGAUAACGUCGGCAACGAGUAUGGCAAACCGAAAGAUGUAGUAGGCGAACAACGUACCGUAUUCACCUCUCACGCGGACGCCGCCUUCGACGUAUGCUUCGAAAACGUCAUGACGCAUACGCGUAUGAACAACCCCAGCCGACAUGUAGAGCUGGAUAUCGACAUCGGUGCUGACGCUAAGGACUGGUCCGCCAUCCAAGCCACCGAGAAGCUUAAGCCCGUCGAGACGGAUCUACGCCGCAUCGAGGAGACGAUCGCCGAUAUCGUACGAGAGAUGGAAUACCUCAGAGCGAGAGAGCAGAAGCUGCGCGAUACCAACGAGAGCACGAACACCCGUGUUAAGUGGUUCGGCAUCGGCACCACAUUGCUGCUCGUUGCGCUAUGGGGCUGGCAAAUUAUGUACCUGCGCGCCUACUUCCGGUCGAAGCAUCUGAUUUAAAGGAUUAUCAACUUGAAGCGAUUGAAGAUAGUGCCUAGCUGGAUCAGCUUGGGGCUGAGACUACUCUAGACUCUCCUUACGUUAGUAAUGCUUGGUCGUGGUAAAGGAGUCCCGGAUUUUACAGAACUCGGGGGGAAGGAGGCGACAAGGGCGUGACGCGAAUUCAGGAAGGAAAAAUGGAUAUGGUGUCAUGAAAUACGAUGUUUCAUGCUUUGUACUCAUAAAUCUGUAUAGACGUGUCCAAACGUCUUGGAGUCGGGAGACAAAUAGAAAACAAAUGAUAUGACCACUUUUACUAUGAUCAAAAGCUCAUGGCUCGAAGCUAAAGGCCUACCUUUUUGGUUCUUUCUUUCUUUCCGCCGUCCUAUACAAGCUUCGGGACGACAAGAGGUCUCUGUCCUUCAAUGGUUAUAA